GGAAAUUUUGCAAAAUGAAGUGUGAGUAUAAAACAUUCCAUCUACAAAAUCGUAUUUUACCGCGUGAAAAUAAGCACAUUUUACCGUGAUUGACUUCUUAGGUUUGAACAGUGAAAAAUUAUCAAAUCUAUGAUUUUCCUACGAAAUUCUGUCUGACAGUUUAUGAAUAUUGUCCAUCUUGAUCAUACUUCAUGUAUCCAUCCCACAACAAUAGUUGUAAUUGUACGAAUCCUAUAAAUAAUGUCUCAACAAGUUCAUCCUCUCACCGGAAUGGCUGCGGUACACAAUCAUCGCCAAAAGUUAUACAUCGUAAUCAACAUAAUGCAUCUUCCACACAAGUAUAUCAGCAAAAUAAUUGGGAUUCAAAUAAAUCUGCUUCUACUCCACUACCAACUUCCUAUUUACGGAGGUUAUAUAAACUGGGUUCCAUAAAAAAUAAUGAUGAAAUGAGCAUGUUGAAUAGCAUCAAUACACAGGAUUGUAACGUCAUUCAAAUCAGUAAUAAAAAUGAACUAAAUUUUCAAACUCCGAAAACCAAGAAGUUCGAUGAAGUCUACCUUUCAGUUAAUCGUAGAACACAACCGGGUAUUUCGGCAGCAAUUAAAUUAUUGUCACAAAAUCUGAAGCCGAAAAUAAAUCCUAAUAACGAAGUUAUUGAUGAUUCUAAUAGUAAUAGCAUUACUACCAAUAUUGUUACUACUAAUACGAAUACUAAGGGAAAUAAUCAGAAUAAAAUUUUCACUAAUGGCAAAAAUGACAAUUUAUCCACUAUGCUUCCUCAUUCAAGUGGAGGUGAAUACUCUUCUUGGAAGAAUAAACGAUACAGUUAUACUCCUACUUCUUUCUCUAACCACAACUAUGGUAAUAAUAUCGGUAACAAUUAUAAUAACAUUUCAACAUCAAUACAAACUAUAAACAAUGAAGACACUGAUAAAUUAGCAAACAAUCCGCCUGGGAAAAUGAUGAAGGCUGAUUCAUCCAUGUUGAUGAAACCAUUACUGCAUAAUAACAGUAAUAAUGAGAUAUAUUUGGCAAACAGUAAUUCACCUUGUACAACUAAUUUCAAUGACAAUAAAAAUAAUAUGUAUUCACCUUUAUGUACGCGAAAGAGUAAUUACGAUACAUUAUUUAAGCGUAGUUCCUCCACAUCUCCAUAUCGACCAUUACUAAAUUAUCGUCCAUCAUGGUUACUGUCAUCCAAUAAUAAAAUGUUAUCUAAUGAAACACUUUACAACAGUGAUGAUUAUCACAAUGAAUAUAUAACAUCUAAACCAAAACAUUUAGACUCGAAAAUUUCGAAUAAUAAUAUAAGUAAUAAAUACCGUCCAUCAGAUAAUGGAACAACAACUGGAACACAAACACCAAUGACCGCAGUAACUUCGCAAAAUUUACAGGGUUCACUAACGACAUUAUCGUCAUCGGGUGGCAUCGGAAGUAAUAACGCGACUAGAUAUUUGAAUAAAAAUGACCAUUUUUCACCUAGACCAAUUAAUGCUAAACCUUCAUUCCAUUCAAGACAGAAUAUUGAUGAUGUAAACAUGGAACAAAAUGAUGAGGAACAUCAUAAAUAUGGUAGAACAUAUUAUAUUACACGUCGACCACAAAUUAUACAAACAAAUUAUCAAAGAUAUUUUCCUCAUGCAAUAAAUCAUGAACGUAUUCUUUCAUUCAAUAAUAUUUAUGAUGCUAGCACCUUGAUCGAUAACACUGAUACUACUUAUCAUGAUUCCGAUUUUACGAACAAAACAAUCAGUAAGAAAAUAAACAGAAUGCCAGAUGUUUUGAAACCGAAUUCAUAUCUAUCAAAUAGCACGUUAGCUUCGUACAAAAGAAAUUCAUCGUCUUUAAAUUCAUUACCAAAUGAAAUCGGUUCUUCACCUUCGUUAAUUCACUCUGAGUACGUCAAUGAUGAUCACCGCAUUAGCAGUAAUAAUAGUGAUAAAAUUGUUGCUAACCGCAGUAUCUUCGACAACUACUCUCCGACUUAUUAUCCAAAUAACCAGACUUUAUAUACUGCACGGCGUUAUUUUCAAGCUGAUCAAAGUCAACCAUCCCUACAAACAAAAUAUUCUUAUCACCAAAAUAAUCCAGAAUCUUUUCGAUCAUUUAGUGUUAGUCCAGAAGUAGGAAGUAGAAUUUCAGAAAGGGAACAAAUGCACCAUGUUAUUCUCGAUAAUUCCAAAUUCGUGUGUCAAUUUUCUGUGAUUUGGUGUCUCCACAUUACUACAUAAUCUCAAACUAGAACGGAAGAUCUUACAAAUUCAGCCUGAUUUUCGGUGGUUAUUUACCAAAUUUUACUUCAUAACCAGAAUUAUUUAUUAAAUGUGCAAUGAAAUAUCAUUUUACUCUUUAUUUUUAAUUUAAUAUUGUUUAAAUUACAUAAUUGUUAUGCAUGCACUAGAAAAAGAAGCAAAAGUACUUUUUGUGAAUUCCACUGUAUUACUGUGAGUUUGAACUUAAGCGUAAAUGAGUGUGAUAUUCAAAAGAUUCAUGCAAAAGGCUAACAUUUAUUCCAUUUAGAUGAAUAUUUAUCAGAAUAAAAACAAUUUUGGAAGCGUUGGCACAUAUUGAAUGUGUCUUGUAAACAAUGAAUUUCGAAGAAAAUUCAUUAUGAAGUGUGAAAAAGAAAUUUUCAAAUGUUACAGAUUUACAAGAAAUGAAAACGUCCUGUACUCACUCACCUUGAAUUCGGAAGGGAUAGAAUUGCAGAUACAGCCGACAGAAGGAUUAAAGCGGUACUUUAAAAAAUUCCUACAUACCCCAACCAGUUUAGGUAAAUGUUACCAAAUAUUCUUUGGAUCAAUCAGUAUAGAUCUCUACUCUUCUGAAGUCAUCUUCAAUUGUAUCUAUAAAUUUACAUGUAUUUGUGGUAGCAGUUAUACAGCUGGAACUAAAACGAUGGGAUCUACGAGGCUUUUUGAACAGGCUCGAAGGGAAGUACACUGUUCAAAUGUAAAAUUAUUGAUCAUAAUGAACAGUGGGCUUAAGAUAAAUAGCGCAAAGCUGUUCAAAAAUAUUAACUAUCAAGGUAUUCCGCUUUACUCCACUGGACAGGGGUUAAUUUAAUUAAACACUUGACGUUUAUAUACAAAAAGAAAAUCCUGUAACCCCCUUAUUUCCAUGGUUAAACAAUUAUAGUGACUUAACUUACCUAUUAUGUAGACGUUUUAUUUGAUGAUUUUGAGAGAUCCACUGACAUUCAAUCAUGGUAUUGAGCUCGCAUCAACUAAGUAAUUUGAUUGAAUAAUCACCCUUUUUUCAUUUCGCCUUUCAGUUAAUGUUUAUGACAUCACUCCCUUCAUAAUAUGACUUAUUUUUCAACAUAUAAAUACUCAUCAAUCUUAAUAUCAUAUUUUUUAUCUUCUCUCAGUUCUUAUGAUUUUCUGUCCCGUUUCGAACAUCAAUCUCAAAUUCAUCAACUAAGAUUCUGUCAUGUUACCCUGUAGAAGCUACAAUGAGAACAUUAAUAUGAUUGGGUCAAAUUCGAAUCUUCGUCUUUGUUCAUCUGCCCCAUCACCACUUAAAAGAAAACCGUAUCAAGUUUCUUUCAAUCUUGAUAGAAAUACCUACAUCGAAUAUCCUUACUCAGAAUCCUCAACUUCAUUAGUGCAAUGCAAACGUGUACCAGGUUAUAUAAGUUCAAGUGGAGCUACUCCAGGAGAAACGAAUGUAAACUUUAAAACAUCACCAAAAUAUCCAUUCAGUUGGAGCAAUGAAAAUGGGGUAACAACAAUUGGAAAAGUUAUAAAUGGCUAUGAUAAUGAAUAUUCCAAGCAAAUUAAUUAUCCACCUCGUUUGUACACUUCAUGGCCUAUUAGACCAAAGUAUAAUCGUUAUUCACCACCUCCUCCACAACCAACUUUAAACCAUGAUGGGGAUAACAUUAAUUUUAACUGUAGUACAACCGAUCAAACCGCCAUUAUAGAUCCUUUUACAUCUAAUAGUUAUACUGCACACAAACCAGAAAUCCGUUUUAUCGACACCACUUUAAGUUCACCAGGGAAUUGUAAUUUAAACAGCAAUAAUAAUUUAAAUACGAAUAAACCACCAGUCUUUGGAAGAUCUCUGAAUAGUUUAAAAUUGCUUUUGUCGAAAUCUACACAUCGUUUCGAUGCAAAUGGUAAUAACAAUAGUAAUACUAAUCCAAAUGGCGGUAAGUCAUUAUUUAAACAAAUCGAACAAUAUGAUUCAACCAAUCCAAGAGAUAGUUCAGCAAUCGAUAUCUUGAAUCAAAGAUCAUUUUGUUCAUAAUUCUUCGUAUCAUUUAUUUUUAUAAAAUAAAAGUUUUUUUAAAAAUUAAAUAACGUCGAUUCCAUUAAAAUUACAACACGAAUAUAGAGAAUUAAGUCUGUUGUUGUUUUCGUUAUCGAUCAGAACAUUAUUAUUAUCUAAAUACGAGUGAAUGUAUACAUUCAUUCAUGCGAUAAACUCAUACUUUAUCAAAGCCAUUGAUUUUUGUUUUAAUUAUAACUAUGUUUUGUGGGAUAGGUAAAGAGGUGACAGGACUAAUUAAAUUACUUAUUUCUUUACUGAAUCAAAUUUACAAACAUUAUAAUGCUUUUAAAUAUACGUGCUGUACAUUCCGAAUAAUGAUGUUUAUUUUGAUGGUUGAUGCUCUUUGGUGAUUUCAUUUUGUUUUUAUUUUCCGUGUUCCGUUUAAAAAACAUAGUAUGCUAAUCUUAUUUUAUGAAACAUUUAUGACUAGAAGUGAAAGUAGUUUUUCAGGUGAUGAUGACUCAUACUUCUAGAUUUGAAAUUGGUGAUACGUUUACAUUCUAAGUAGUUGUCAACAUUCACCAUAUAAGUACCAUUUAUACUUGUAUUCUUGUUAUUUACAAACAUAGGUGCUUUUUAGACUUUUCAUAAAACUAAGAUAAUACUGACUACAAACUAG